UGUCACCCAAGGUGGUAUCCUUGGUCACCAAGUAGCUUGGCAAAAUGGCGAGAACAGCAGCCAUGGGAUGUAGAUUGCAUUAUUGACAUCCCAGAAAUCAUAGGAGACGAUCUAAUAGUCCUAUGGGCCAAUUUACCACUCUGAAUUCAUCGAGCCGCGCAAAUUGGUGUAUCGCAGGUUGAUUUUUUUUUAAAUAAUUGGCCACAGUUACACUCUUGAAUCAUUUCGAUUUUGCCACUACAUUAGAUCAUAUGAAUAUGCUGCAAGAUAUAAUCAUUUAUUGAUAAGCAGUCUUUAAUACACCAAAGAAGCCUCCUCCUUUCAACAUGCCAAAAACAAUCUCAAGGCUGGAGACUUUGCAGAUCUGCAAAUUAUUGCAGUGUGUGCGGCUAAAAGAUAAGAAACAGAUAGAAAAACUUUCAGAGAAAGGUGUUCCACAUCUUAUCAACUACAUUGAUCCCAAUGAAGGUAACACAGCUUUGACUAUAGCAGCAGGAGCUAAUGAUCCUGAUAUGGUUGAGUUCCUUCUUAAUAUUGGUGCACAUCCUGAUGUUAUGGAUUUGAAGGGACGCACAGCAGCUAUGUGUGCAGCAGAACUUGGAAAUUAUGAAUGUUUAGAGAAGCUGAUAGCAGCUGGGGCCAAUAUGACACUUGUUGACCUACAGGGCAAAGGUAUUCUUUUCUACUGUAUCACAAGCACUCAGCGGCACGCCAAAUGUCUAGAGCUAAUCCUGGCUGCAGGGGCUGACGUCAACAACAUUGCCAGAAAUGGCUGCCCACUCUUAACACUAGCUUGUGAAACAGCUGCAGAAAAUGAGGAGCUGUGCCAAAAAUUGCUGGAAAAGGGUUCAGACCCAAAUGUCAUGCAGAAAAGUGGAAACACAGCAUUAAUGGCAGCAGCAGGCAGUGGAAGUGCAAAAAUUGUGAAAGCCAUUUUGGAGAAGGGUGGAGAUGUCAAUGCCCUUGACGCGCGCAAAAAUCAUGCUGCUCAUUUUGCUGCAAGUGGAGGACACCUAGAAGUGCUGCAGGUCCUGAGUGGCUAUGGUGCCAACUUUGACCAAACAAAUCAGGAAGGAAACACUCCUAUUCACUUGGCAGCAAAAGGAGGCCAUGCAAUGUGCUGCAAGUUCCUGUCACAAAGAGGAUGUAAUCCAAAGUCUAAAAACAAAGAAGGAGCUACAGCCCGCUCUAUAGCUAAAGAUGAGGGUCAUAAGGAAGCUUCGAAAGAAGUGCGCAAGGCAGAAAGGACUUUUGGCAAGGUGGGGAAAAACAAUGAGCCAUGGACACUUGCAUUCUAUGAUUGGAUGAUGACUAGGAAAGAAAAGAUUCUUCAGAUGAUGACACAGUUUGAUCCUGAUGGUAAUGGUAUUGUGUCCAAAGAUGAUUUUAUUGAUACCAUUACAGGCCUUCAAGGUCCUGUUGAAGAAGAGGAGAUGAAAAGGCUUGCCACCUUGCAUGACAAAAAUCGGGAUGGAAACAUUGACUACAAUGACUUCAUCGCAGCAAAAAAAUGGGUCAAUAAAAACUUUCUUCAAAGUGCUUUUGAAGGAAAACAUAAAAAAAAGAAAGGCAAGAAAGGGGGAAAGAAAGGGGGCAAGUUCAAGCUUGUGAUGCCCAUCUGCACGCAAGACGAGGGACCAAGGAUGGAUGGUGGAGCCCCACCUGAGAUCUUUAUUCCACACCACAUCCAUUUUACAGAUACAGGGCGCUUUGAUCGAGAUCAUCCACCUGCACACCCUUUGCAGGAUGACUCAGCAUGGUAUCUUCAACAUCCAGAAAAAACCUACAUUAAUCUCAAUGAGGCUGUCAAGGAUGGUGACUUUGAUUCUUUGAAAACAGCACUGCAACGUGGGGUACAUGUAGAUACUCGUGAUAAAUUCUUCAAAACUCCACUUAUGACAGCAUGUGCUGUAGGCCAGUUUGAAAUGGUCAAAUACUUGGUAGAUAAUGGAGCACAGAUCAAUGCCCGUGACAACUUCAAGUGGACACCACUGCACCAUGCAUGCCAUGCCGGUCAGCUUGACAUCGUGCAGUACCUCAUUGACCAUGGGGGAGAGAUCAAUGCCACAACUAUGAAUGGUGGUACUCCACUUACAAGAGCCAUAGAGAGCUCACGAGAAGCUGUUGUGAAGUACCUUAUUGACCUGGGAGUGAAAAUACAGACUGAGAACAAAAAAGGAAUGACUCCACUUGAUAUUGCUCAAGCUUGGGCAGACUGGCGAGUUCUGGAGAUUGUUCAGCGCAAAUGGGACACACUACCGCCGACUGAUGAUAAGAAAAAGAAAGGGGGCAAAGGAGGCAAAGGAGGAAAAGGAGGAAAAGGAGGAGCAGCCAAGCGCCCAACAAGUGCCCCUAGUGACUGGGGAGAUCUAGCGCAUCAAGUAAAGGCAGAACCUCACAAACCAAAGGAGAGUACUGCAAUGGGCGAGCUCACCGGACAUCGGAAAGGUUCCAUCUUGCGUGCAGCAUCAGCACUGGCUGGUGGGAUGGCAGAGCAGGAAGACAUCACAUACACACCCCUGAAGGUAUGGACCAAGCAACGUAACACAGAAGAACUCAUUCAUGAAAAAGUUUUAAGGCGUGAACGAUUUGGGUGGGAGGUAGACUUUCCCGAUUUUGAGAUGCCUUUCAAGAAGAACCUCAGCAAUAUGAUCCAAGAACUAGCCUCUGAAAAUUAGAAGGGGAGAGAACUGAAAGGAAACUGUAGUGAAAUGAAAACUAACUGCAGCUGACAAUGACAACACUGAGUAUGAAGAAGUGUUAUGAACAAUCCUGAAAAGCUUAAAGGUGUAAAAAUAUUCUAAAAAUUUCAAAACAGCAACAAAUGAUGAUCUUGCUAUUUUCCUUUACCACAUUGUCUUGUAUAAAUAAGUGCUUUAAGUCUCCCACCAUGGAAAUUAUAUCUGAAUAAAUGCAGUAACUGCA